AUGACUUAAAUUUUCGCACAGUUGAAUAUAAAUAAGAGUGUUUUACUCAAAUUGACCAUAGAAUCUUAAUUUUUUAUGACAAAUUUGAUUAAAAUGUUUAUUAAUCUCAUCAUCAAUUUUACUUAAAAGCCAUAGUUUCUAAAUUUUCAGCAUCUUAAAUCAUCAUUCAAGACCUUCUCUUUACUAAUUUAUUUCUCUAAAUAAGGAUUUCAACUACAGUUUAAUGGCGGGACGGAACGUACCACUACCACUAUAUGUGACCUGUCCAUACGACAGCAACCAUAGAUUGGCUCCACGACGUUACUCUUCUCACAUAGACAAGUGUGCCAGGCAAUCUAAAAAGGUUUUAUCCAUUUGCAGGUACAAUGCUUUUCACAGAAUUGAGCCGGCACUUCUUGCUCACCAUUAUGCCGAAGAGUGUGCUGAUAAGCCCCUUUAUGAAAUUGACGACUGGGAUACUUACCAACCACCAAAAAAAGCUGAUACACAAUCUAACGAAGUUGGUGCUUUAGCCGAUGCUUUGGAAGCUGCUGCAAUCAGUGAUCCGCCAGCACCUACAUCUUCAACAAACAUAACUCAAGAAGAAAUAGAUGAUUGGGACAGUGGUGAACGGCAUAACUUUUUAGCCCCUGAGUUCAAUCCUGCGUUAGAAAAAAAACCAGAUCAAUCUUUUGCUAUGAACAGAAUAUUUGUUCAAAAUAUGACUAAAUCGGAGAAGAAGGCAUUUUAUGCAAAACAGCUGGAACAAAAUUUAGCAAAAAUUGAAAAAUCGAAACAUGAAAAAGAAGUUCAAGAAAAACGAGCUCAGAUGGAACAGCAACGUCAACAAGAACUGGUUGAGAAAGAAGCCAUUGAGAAAGCAAAGGCAGAAAAGAAAGAGAAACAAAAAGAAAUAGACCAGAAGAAGAAGGAGAAGAAAGAACGGAUUAAAGAAGCAAAAAGAGCAGCCUAUUUGGCUAAAGUUGAAGAAGAAAAGAAGAAUGGAAAUGCGAAUCCUGACCCAUGAAAUAUGUCGACUUAAUGAAUAAAUCCUUGACUUUUAUCUUUCGUCAGAAAUUUUACUUUAACACACUGACUAUUUUUGAUCAUUACUUUAAAAAGAUGUUCUUACUCAUUCACACACCUCUUAUUUUAGCACAACCAUAUUUUGAGAACUUCUGUAUUCAUUAUUUUUGAUUACAAAAAAUAAAGUACAUUAAUCAAUCCAAA